UCUAAACUUCUUUCCAAUGCUAAAAGUGUAACUGAAAAUGAUUUAUGUGUUGAAUUAAAAUGUGCAUAAGUGAGAAAAGGGAAAGCUCAGUGUAAUAAAAGUGGACAUUUCAUUUAAUCUACCGUCAUAAAUAUGUCACAGUGAUAUCAAUUGGUGAUGAAUCCCUUCAAGUAAUGUAAAAAUGACUUCAGUUAUUUGAUUCAGGACUACUUUUCAAAGCAUUCAAAUAAACUAGGUAACUUGCGAGAAAUGGUAAAGCACGUAUAGCGAAGUUAUACAACAUUUCAAGUCUACAAACAAAAAUCACAAACAAGUUCGAGUUAGAUUUAGCACUAUGAGUAAUUCAGGAAAUAUCACUACGCAGACGACAGUGGCGUUGACGACGACAGAAGACAUCCCUACGACAAAUAGAGUUAUAGAAGGAAUGGUUUUAAGUUUAUUGAUCAGUGUGAGCUUCAUUGGAAACCUGUCCCUCUGGAUUGUGGUCCUCCGAUCCCGAGCGCUAAGGACAUUGACCAGCAUGUUUAUUCUUGGUCUUUCAAGUGCAGAUUUACUGGUUGCGACCGUUAACAUGCCCUUGACCGUGUACACCAUAGUGAUGGGAGAAUGGAACCUGGGGUACAACGCAUGCGUAUUGGCAGGGUUUAUCAACAUGCUGACCUUAGUUACAAGCGUCCUGUCGUUAUGCAACAUUUCUUUAAAUAGAUACGUCAUGGUCUGCCACCCAUCGAAGUUCAAGAACAUCUAUACUGUUCGAAAUGCUGUGCUCAUGAUAAUAGGUGUGGUCACCCUGUCUAUAUUGCUGUCCGCACCGCCACUGAUUGGCUGGUCAGAGUAUGUGUACACACCCACUCACUCGCUCUGUUUCGCUGAUUGGGUGAACCACAUGUCAUACGCCUUCUUUAUGAUUGGUUGCUGCUUUGGGAUACCGUUCAGUGUUAUGACUGUGUGUAAUAUAUGCAUAGUUCGUACAGUUCGAAAUAGUCGACUCAGAGUGAGGACAAAUUCUCGAAAUUUAAACUCGUUGGAGAUGAAGGAUUCAUGUCUUCGAAGAACUCGACAUAGUACAAUCAGAAAAGAUGUCAGUACUACACACGAAAACGAAAAGGUAGCUGGUUUCGAUAGUUCUUCAUUAACUAUUUCUGGUAUCCAAAGUAUGAACUCAAACGGCAAAAUGUACGAAAGCAUCGAAAAAGAUAUAUCAAUCAUUGAAAUGGAUGAUGAAACCGCUGAGAGUGAAGCUGACAACAAAUACCAUGAACUCGAAACCUUCCACAACACUAUUAAUGACAAAAACAAAAACAUGACUCAGGAAUCAAACGAAACAAAGAAAGAUGAUAUAGUGGUGCAGGUAACAGAAAAAUCAUUUGAUACAUUGAAAGAAUCAGACUUCGGAUGUAUCAAGACAAUACAAGACCAAACUUUUACGGGGUCAACGUUUCUAACAAAACCAUCAGGGCCCGAGAACAAUUCAGCAAUGGACUCAAGCAGCACUUCUAAUACUAACAGUCAGUACGAUCAAAAUACAGGUCCGUUGGUGAAAGACUAUUCAUUGUUGGAUCCUUGCUUGAAAUCAUCAGCGGAACAGUGGCAUCAAAAUCUUCGUCGCCGGUCGACUGCAUCUAAACCUACUUCAACUAUGUCAAUCAAAACCAAACUCUCCAGUUCAGUAGCUAUCAAUCCGUCCAGACUUGUGUCAAUGCGCAAAACGCCGCCGUUACGACGAAGAGAGGAACUGCGGCUAGCAUUAUCACUAACUGUUGUUGUAGUCGUGUUUGUUAUAUGCUGGUUGCCUUAUUGUAUAUCCAUGAUAUUGUCUAUAUUUGCAAGUGGUAAAGUUCCAAGAGAGUUUCACAUGUUUACCUUGUUGAUUGGUUAUGCAAAUAGCGGAUGUAAUCCCAUUAUUUACGGCGUUAUGAACAAGCGAUUUAAGGUCGGCUUUAAACGUCUGUUUUGUUUCUGGCGUAAAUCAUCCGACUCUUCAGUAAGUAGUGCAUAGAGUCAAUACAAUGCGUUUAUAACACUUCUUCAGUAAGCAACAGGUUUUGCUUGGAAAUGCCAUCAAAAUGAAAUAAGGGAUGCACUUUUGCAUUUACUGCAUGCUAUAUUUAAUUAUGAAAUAAUACCGAAAUCCCUUAAAACUAACAUUUUCGCAUAUUUUAAGUUAUCACUAAACUUUGAUGUAACAUUUGGAUUUCGUGUUAUGU